AUGUGGAGUAAAGAAGAAAAAAAACAGAAGAGAGAAAAAAAAAUGUACGUUCAACCACAACAGAGAACAUACUAUUUAUUAUUAAUGUUUCGUUUAUUUGCAAGACGUAAUUAUAGUAUACACUGGCGAUUCAAAGAUGUUUGUCCAUCACCGAGAUAUGAUACAGGUUGCACGUAUUGUCAACCAGAAUUCCCAACAAACCUAGCCAUUGAUUUUGAUAAGAAUUUGAACAAAACAGGAGCAAUACCGACCAAACAUGUAAUGGUAUUGACAAAUCCGAUUAAUCAGAUAUCAGAGCUACCUUCCAAAACUGAGUUUAUUCCCAAUAGUAUACCGAGUGAAAUAACAAAGUAUCGAACAAUGAUUCAAACCGAUGAUCAACGAGUGACCAUUUCCGUGAUCCAUCUUAACAACAAUCGUCACCAACAGAUAUUAGAUCAAUAUAAUAUAAAACCAGGCUCGUCGCAACAGUUGGUGUUUUUGUAUCCGUCUAUGAAAAUCAUCAGAUUUGACCUAAGUGUACUGGACCAAUUUGUUAAAAAGUACUUGUACUCGAAGCCUACAGCCCCAGUUUAUAAUCCAUUUGUUCAAACCAAACCCUCGGCACCAAAUAAUGACUUGUUUGAUUCCAUAAUUGUAGAUGAGUCAAAUUUUAUUGAGGAUGAAUUGGAUAAAGAUUUGUUGGUGAUAUGUGGACAUGCAAAACGAGAUUUACGGUGUGGAAUCAUUGCUCCACAGUUGGAAUCGGAAUUCAAUCAGGUACUCGUUCGUCAUAAUCUACAAGACACGAUAUACACUGGGCAAGUAUCGCAUGUUGGUGGUCACGCUUAUGCUGGGAAUGUAUUGUACUACCCCAAAGAUUGUCAGACAUCAAAAGAUUUCAUAUGGUACGGUCGGGUUUUUCCCAAGGAUGUCCAAGGUAUUGUUGAACUGACAAUUAUAAAUAAGGAAAUUAUCAAAGAUUUGUUUCGUGGAGAUAUAGAGGCAUACUAG